UUCAGCGGCGCUGGCGGCUCUGUACGCGCGCCAGGGGAUGGGUUCCAAGGCCAAGAAGCGAGUGGUGCUGCCCACGCGCCCGGCGCCCCCCACGGUGGAGCAGAUCCUGGAGGACGUGCGGGGUGCGCCCUCCGACGACCCCGUUUUCGCCGCGCUGGCCCUGGAAGACUCCCUAGGCCUCUCCGGGAGGGCGGAGGACACGGAGGCCCAGCGGGAACAGCUCUACCAGCAGAGCCGAGCCUACGUCACCAUGAAUCAGCGGCUGCAGCAGGCGGGCGCUGGGCUGAAGCAGAAGUGUGAGGAGCUGUGGCGAGCUGGUGAGGAGCUGGAACGUGACGUCAGCCAGAUGAAGCAAGUGGCGCUGCCGGGAGCCAUGGCUGCCUCCUUGGGCUGAGCGGUCCGCUUGCUUGCCUGCCCUGGGCAGGGCGCCCCCCGGCUCCCCGUGACACCUGACCUGGCACAGCUUAGGCCUCCGGGUCCCAUGGUCCGGGCGUGCCCGGUACCCAGAGAGCCCCCGGGACACAGCCGGGCACGGGCGCCUCUCUGGGGGUCAGGCCUGGGACCUGGUGUGGAUGCUGCUCACCCCGGGGCCGUGAAUCCCAGACGGGACUUCACGUGGGGUUCCCAGCACCCGAGGGCCAGGCCGUCCACCCUCCUCUCCUUCCCUCUGAGGACCCCGCUUCCCCGCAUCGUCCCCAAUAGACUGAGCUGGUGGGACCCACUCUGCUGCCUCUGUCCAUCUCUGCCUGAACUGCAGGGCCCCUGAGAUUCCCGAGGAGGCGGGGGUUCUGUUCCCUCCACCACAGUGGCUGUGGCUACGAGAGGAGCUUUGCCCGGCAGGGCCCAGAUGUGAGAUGGGGCCUCUGGCGGGUGCCGCCCCUGAGGACCCCGAGCACCCUGACCUAAGGUGUGGGCGCUCCCACAGGGCAGGUUCACAGUCGGGGUGCGGGGCCGGCCUGGGAGCUGUGGGACUGCAUCACACGGGGCUCCUGGCCGGGCUCCGUGAGGACAAGCUGGCCCAUCUCCCACACGAGCCCUUGUUGGCUGCCUCCAUCCUGGCAAGCUUCACCUGUGGGUGGGUGUGGGGGCCGUGGAACAGAAACACAUCUUGAAAAGGGCUUUUCACCCUAGAAGGCAGACUUUCAGAAGACCAGGGCAACAGUGGCUGCAAGAGGCAUCACAGAAGCGAGGCUGCUUGGGGGUAUCCCCACUGAGCCCCUCA